UUUAGAAUUGGGUGCCUCAAGACUGCCCAUAAUUUUAGAGGGUGCCUCGGGACUGUCCAUAAUUUUAGAGGGUGUUUGGGGACUGUCCAUAAUUUUAGAGGGUGUCUCGGGACUGUCCAUAAUUUUAGAGGGUACCUCGGGACUGUCCAUAAUUUUAGAGGGUGCCUCAAGACUGCCCAUAAUUUUAGAGGGUGCCUCGGGACUGUCCUGUCCAUAAUUUUAGAGGGUGUCUCAGGACUGUCCAUAAUUUUAGAGGGUGUCUCAGGACUGUCCAUAAUUUUAGAGGGGUGUCUCGGGACUGUCCAU